UAAGUUUAGAAAUCACAAAAAGUAGAAUUGUAUAAUUGAGAAAUUUUCACUUUGCAUCUGUUUGAACGAAAAGUGAACCUUUGAGGAUAGUUUGGUCAUUUACCUCCUAGGUUAUCUUGGAUUGAUAUGAUACUCAUAAUGAUCAGUUAUGUAACUUAUGUUCUUGAUAUUGGGUGGGGAUGGGGAAAGACAACAAUGUCCCCCUCCUUUCAUAUCUUUCCACUCUCUCUCUCUCUCUCUUUUGAAUAAUUAAUAUUUGAAUUGGAGCUGGAAAUAGUAUAAAUGACUUGUUCUGUGUCUAUAUUUGAAUCUUGUUAUAUAACUUGUAAAGAUCUGUGUAACGUAGAAGAUCUGCCACAUAUUAAAGCAAAUCAAAUCAUUGAUACUUGGUCUAUUCAGACCGACUGACUGUUCUGUCAAAAAACGGAAGUGGUGGCUGUCAAAAGGAUUUUCUUGUGUCAUCUCUGAAUCAUUCAAGAAUACCAGUUUGGUGCUUGGACCAUGGGAAAUAGUGAAGAGACAAAGCCUUCUAAGCCUGUGAAACCAUCUUCACCUCCAUUGGAUCAGGCCAACAACAUUCAUGUCUAUCCUGAUUGGGCAGCCAUGCAGGCAUAUUAUGGCGCCAGAGUUGCUGUACCACCAUAUUUUAACUCAGCCGUUGCAUCUGGUCAUGCUCCUCACCCUUAUAUGUGGGGACCACCACAGCAUAUGAUGCCACCUUACGGGCCGCCUUAUGCAGCAAUCUAUGCGCAUGGAGGUGUUUAUGCACAUCCUGGAGUUACUCUUGCUGCCAUUCCAAACAUGGAAACACCUACCAAGUCAUCAGGAAAUACAGAUCAAGGCUUAGUGAAGAAAUUGAAAGAGUUUGAUGGGCUAGCAAUGUCAAUAGGCAAUGGUAAUGCAGACAGUGCUGAGGGAGGAGCUGACUCUCAGAGUGAGGAGACAGAAGGUUCUAGUGAUAGAAGUAAUGGAAAUACGGGAGGGGCGGGUCAAAAUGGUAGGAAAAGAAGCCGCGAGGAAAUACCAUCUAUUGGUGAAGAUGGGAAGACAAAAACUCAGAGCAGUCCAGUUCCAGUGGGUGAAAUAAAUGGUGCUCUUGAUAAAGUUAUGGGUGUCAUUGUCCCUUCUCCAAGUGUUGCAGGAAAUAUGGUGGGAACUAUCACAGCAUUGGAGCUCGGGAAUUCUCCAAAUGCAAAUGCUAGUCCAAAUGGUGCCUUGUUGCAGAAUGACCGGGAGCUGAAACGGGAAAGAAGGAAACAAUCUAAUCGAGAAUCUGCCAGAAGGUCCAGAUUGAGGAAGCAGAUCCAAUUCAAUGGAUAG